AUGAAUGUCGAAUUAGAAGAAUCAUUUAAAAAAAUCCAAUCACAUAAAGGUGUUGUUGGUGUAUUAAUUAUAAAUAAACAAGGAUCAGUUAUAAAAUCAACAUUUGAUCAAGAAGUUAGUUUAAGUUAUUCAAAAGUUAUUUUAGAUAUGUUUCCAAAAGCACAUGACCUUUUAAAAGUUAAUGAUAAUAAUGACGAGUUAUCAUUUUUUAGGGUUAGAUCAAAAGAUAAUGAUAUCAUGGUAACACCAGAUAAAGAUUUCUUUUUAAUGGUUGUAAAUAAAAUAAAUAAAUAA